AUGAAAAAGAGCAAUAAUACAGAAUUAACACAUCAUUUUAUUGAAACAAGAAAUAUGUUAGCAUAAGCAGAAGAAUAAAUUAAUUCAGUUGCUACUCCAAUUAGUAUUCAUUAAUUAAUAUUUAUAUUAGUCAAUACUAGUUAAUAAUUUUAAAAAACAAGUUAAAUCUAUUCAGGAUAAAAAUCAACAUUAUAGAAAAGUGACUUCUUUUUAAAUAGAUUAACUAAAUAACAUAAGUUUAACAUUGCAAUUGUUUAUGGAUCAUUUUUCUUUUUUCUUAUGGUUGUUGGAUUUAUAGUAUUGAGAAGAUUAUUUUAUAGAAAUUUCUAUUCUGAUAUUUCUUAAGUCAUAAGACAAAAUAUACAAAAUAUUUUCUCUUCAGGUAUUAAUUAAUAAUAAGAUUUAUGA